CGAGCCUACUAGAAUCUAGCACCAAUCAGCUAACAGUAACAAAAAGCACAAUAUUAUUCUGGUAAGAAGAAGAUAGAAAAUAACAAAGAGCGACUCCAUUUCUCUCCAUUCAAAUCUAUUACUCUUCUCUCGAUUUCCCUUUCUUCUUUCAUUUACUUUCUCUCUCACACUCUUCCCACACACAAACACAAUCCGUGUAUUCAUCUCCUUCCCCCAUUCUCAAUCCCCCAUAUCUUCAUCUACUUCUUUACCCAGAUCCCCAAAUUCACAGAUCUACAAAACCCAGAUCUCAAUUUUUUUUAAUCAUGUCCGGAUCAGAUCUCGCUCACAAAAUCUUCCCAGAGCCUUGUAAUAUAUUAAAUGAUGAUAUAGACCAUUUUGAUUCAUUGCCUGACUCUAUUUUGCUCCUCAUUUUCAAUCAGAUCGCUGAUGUUAAAGCUCUGGGUAGGUGUUGUCUCGUUUCGAAAAGGUUUCAUUUUCUGGUUCCUCAGGUUGAUAAUAUUCUUGUUCGUGUUGAUUGUGUGAUUUCUGAUGAUGAUUCAUCGGGGGGUUCUUCGUCUUCAAGCUCUGUGUCGAAAUCUCACACACCCUUUUCGUCGUUGUUUCGAUUCGUGUUUGGUGGGAUUGUGAAGCCUUUGCAAUCGCUUACACAGUUUUUGCAGUUUAAGAGAUCGGUUAAUGGGACUGGGUUUGCUGCUUCUUCGUCGUCGUUAUCGGUUAAUGGGGAGGAUUAUGAUGAAUUGGAUCAAGGGGGUGUUACCCAUCAUUCACCUACUCAGGUUUUGAAGAAUUUUAAUGAAAUUAAGAUAUUAAGGAUUGAGCUUCCGAGCGGUGAGCUUGGAGUUGAUGACGGGGUAUUGUUGAAAUGGAGGGCUGAUUUCGGGUCAACUCUUGAUAAUUGUGUGAUUCUUGGAGCGUCUUCGGUGAUGCCUAGUAAGGGUUUGGAUGGAAAUGGUGUUAAUUUGAUUAAUGAGGAUGAUAAUGGAAGUAUACCUGAAUCGUUUUAUACGAAUGGUGGAUUGAAAUUGAGAGUUGUUUGGACGAUCAGUUCGUUGAUUGCUGCUUCUGCUAGGCAUUAUUUGCUUCAACCAAUUAUAUCCGAGCAUAAGACUUUAGAUAGUUUGGUGUUGACGGAUGGUGAUGGACAAGGGGUGUUGUGUAUGAAUAGGGAGCAGUUGGAGGAGUUGCGAGUGAAGCCUUUGUCGGCUUCUAGUGCUUCUAAGAGGACCCUUGUGCCGGCUCUGAAUAUGAGGUUGUGGUAUGCGCCACAAUUGGAGUUGCCGGAUGGGACUGUGUUGAAGGGGGCAACUUUGGUUGCUAUUAGACCAAGUGAACAAUCAGUGGUGAAGAAAGAGGUGGCUGAUGGGUCUUGGGUGUCUUCUGCGUUUGAGGAGCCUUAUGGAACAGCUGCAAAGAUGUUGAUUAAAAGGAGGACUUAUUGCCUUGAGAUGAAUUCUUUUUGAUAGCACUCUGAAGUUUCAAUGAGGGAAAGUAUAUUCUUGAGAUGAUACGAACAAUAUAUGUUUGUGGGCAGGCAGGUAAUAUACACAAUUUUGCUCUAUAUCUUGCUUUAUUUGAGGGGGUGUUCGUCAAUGCCAAAUGCUAUCUUUCUUCUCCUAUCUGGAUGCAGCCAGCCAAACCUAUCAUCUUUCUCUUAUCUAAAUGCCAUUCCUUAGCCUGCUGACAUCUGCCCCUUAACUGGUGAAGGUCUGAAUGAUGAUGAUAUGCAUCUGCUUCUUUUUUUAUUUAAGGCAUGUGCAAUGCACAAAAUGCAUCUAGAUUGACAUUGUACUAGCUUUCCUGACUUUAAAUUUGUAGCCAGUUGUUUACAUUUCUUAGUAUCCCUGUAUAUAAGUAGUUAUGAAUAUGUUUGCCUCUA